GUCGGCACUCACGCUGACCUGCUUGGUCCGCGACGCACUGCGGUACUGAAAGCGGUGGACUCCCGUGUGCAGAAUUUGCUCGAGAGGAAUGAGGCGUUGAAUGCCCAGCUGGUGGUUAAUGAAGCCGAAGAGCUCUGUUUUUUCCCUGUCGACAAUCGACGUCGUGGCCGGCAGAGUGUUGAUGUUCUACGGGCCAAAGUGGAUGAGACCGCCUCUGACAUUUGCACCAGGGGUUUUCUUUCCAAGCCCCUUCCGCUCUACUGGCUGAGAUAUCAGACUGAGCUGACUCGUUUGGGCAAAGUUGGACCAGAAAGAUAUUGGGGCACUACACCUGGAGGGCUUCCCCCAGGAGCUCCAAGCAAUCCAAGUCACGUGUUGCCUUUUUCACACGUUGCACGACUUGGCCGUGCAGUUGGCAUUCAAGAUGAUGGAGAGCUGCUAUCUGUGCUCAUUUAUCUUCACGACACAGGUUCACUGAUCUUCUUUGACGAGGAGAAACUACGAGAUUCCGUUGUUCUGGAUCCUUACUGGUUGGCUGAGGCUGCUGCCAAUAUCUUCAACUGCCCACGGGUGGUUCAAGGCAGUGUGGCGCUUGCAAGGCGUCUUCUGGAACGAGGAGAGCUGCAUGUGGAUUUGUUGAAGCAGUACCUCUGGAAGUCGCCAAGGUUUGCUGAGUACAUUCCAACUCUGGUCAAUUUGCUGCUGCGAUUUGACCUUUUGGUUUCUUCCUCAGAAAAGGACGUCUAUGUGGUCCCAUUUUUGCUCCCUCUGCGAAGUGGUGCCUACGAGCCUCCUGGUGAAGGAUCGCUGUCAUUUGACUUCCAUGGGAUGCUGUCAAGGCUCCUGCCAACCGUUUUUCCGCGGCUCAUUGCGAGUGCUGCAAAGACACCUUCGCUGCGAUUGACACACUCGCAGGUGUACAAGGACAGUUGCACCAUCUUCCUCGGGCGACGGCGGAUUUGCUUCGAGCUGGUGCCGCCCGUGCGGCCCGAGAUGAUCGCCGUACGGCGCCUCCUCGGCGGAGACGAGGAUGGCGAAGAAGAGCAGCUGCCGUUGGAACUAGCCAAGCAAGUCAUCAAUCUUGUGCAUGAGAGCACUUCAGAGUGGUUGCCGCACUUGUCCUUCACAGCAGGAGUUUUGUGUCCUCACUGUCAUCACUCCGGAUCACCACACGUCAUCGACGUCUCAGAGCUGUCGGAGGUCGUGGUGUGCCGUCGCAGCCACGAACCAGUUACGUUGGAGAAGGCCAGCUGGGCGUUCCAUUGGCGUCAAGAGGUCUUGGAGCAAAACCACGAGGAGCCUUUGGUACACCCUCAGCGAUCUCAAUCGGUGGAAGAUCCUCCGCUUGGGGAUGUCAUUGAGAAACCAACGGAAGUUGGGACAGCAAGGGAAAGGAGACCUUCUUUGCCAGGGGUUGAGAAAAGAACUGUUCCGAUUCCGACCAUGCAGCCAAGUUCAUCCAGUCAGUCCAUCGGCAAGGAGAGCAUCACGGAAAACGAUUCGACCAAGGUGGGUUUGCUCUAUUUCCUUUACGCAUCGCCUUUGACAGUGGAUGCCUUGGACGUUCGCUCAGAGCUGCAGCUUUUGAGGGAUUCAUUGUCCGAAGAAGACUUUCGAGUGGAGAUUGAUGUGCGCUUGGGACUCUCAUCCACUCUCUUGGAGUUGCUUUCGCACGGGGAUCGAUCUUAUCCUGGCGCACCGGUGUUCCUUCAUUGUGCCAUGCACGCUGGCUAUGCUACCAGUACGCAUGGUUUGGAGCCGUUCUUGCUUUUGGAGGACGAGGUUGGCCAACCCCAACCUCUACCGCGCUGGCGUCUUCUGCAGUGGCUACGGCAAAAGGAAGGCCUGAAAUGCCCUUUGAGCGGCGUCUUUCUGAAUUGCUGCGAUUCUGAAGGUGUUGCAGGAGCCUUCAUGGAAGCUGGGGUGCCUCAUGUCAUUUGCUGCCGUGGACGAGUCUUCGACGGUGCCUGCAAAACCUUCACCAAGGCUUUUUAUCGCUCUUUGGCUGCUGGGCGACCGGUCUUCUCAGCGUUUGAAUAUGCGCAAGAGUCUGUCGCGUUUUCUCCGCAGGCUGGACUCAGACCAGAGGCUCAGAAGUUCCUGUUAUUGCCAAGGCAGGAUGACGUCCUGAAAUAUCCAGGUUUGUCGGUGGCACCGAUGGCACGGCACUGCAGUGUUACUUUGCAGCUGUUGACAGCCCAUGCUCUGGAAGACGCCAAAGAUCUUAGCAGCGUCGGCAACGCCGCGAAAGCCAUGAAGUGGAUGGGCGGUGAUUCGACGAGUGUCCUUCCAGGACGUCACCAACACUUCUUGGGGAGAGCACAAGAGAUGGUGGAAAUGGCAAGACAUUUUUCUCGCAGCGACCGUGCUCGUGUGGUGAACGUUUGGGGCAAGGCUCCUGGCCUGGGCAAGACAGCGAUGCUAGCAGAGUUCACUCGCUUCUGCAUCUAUCCAGGCCGACUCUUUGAAGGCCUCGCUGUUUGGGUGCCUUUGAGAUUUGCACCGCCCGAAGUAACACCAGGUGUGCCACCCUUGACGCGAGCAUCCUCCGGACCGCGCUCGGAGAGGGGCGACCUCUUCCUGGAGCAGGUCUUGACGUCUGUGACCAGAUUCACGGAGCAGAUUGAUGGCAAAGCGCCUGCGGCGUCUGGAGAUGGCUACUCCACUCUGCUGUGGAGCUUGCGGCGCUUGGAGUGUCGAGGACGUGUACUGCUUGUCUUGGAUGGGAUCGAAGAUUGGGUGGAUAGCAUGGCAGUGAGGACUCUGCUGGCAGAUGUCCUCAAUGCCACUGAGCGCUUGUGCAUUUUGCUUGGCAGCCGAAUUCAUGUGCAGAACUCCUUCGGAGGAUUGAAAACGGACAAUUUGGAGCUGAAGCCGUUGCAGCCAAAGGAUGCUGCGCAGCUCUUCCUUUACCGAGUUCAUCGGCAUCUCUACUGGAAGGAUUUGUGGCGAAGUAAAGAGGAGUGGAUGAAAAAGGCCGCAGAAUGGUAUGGAGACAACAUCUACAACAAGGUAGCAGACCGCUCUUUGCUUGACACCGGAGACGUUCCCAUCACCUUGGAGCGGGAAAAGCGUGAGGAGGUGCUGAAUGCUCUUGCAUCCAUGCCUUUGCUCGCAGAAUUCUGCCAAGGGAUCCCAUUGCGCAUCCAACAGACUGCAGAACGAGUCACAAGCUCCUUGUCUUCUCUGUGGAGUCUUCUUUCAGAACUUCGGGACGAACGAGCUCGAAAUCGUCAGCAGAUCCAGCAGAGAUUGUUGGCGCCGUCCACAUUGCAUGCAAAGCGACGUUCGAUCAGCGGCGCAUGGCAAUUGGGCAAGGUCAUCGGUCAAGGAGCUCAAGGUGUAGUCUACAAAGCUUUAGACUCUGUGUCAGGCGAGUCCUUUGCGGUGAAAGUGCUCGAAGACUCAAAGGAGUUGCACCAGGAGUUGGAACUGUUGCAGUCAAUCUCCCAUGAGCACAUUGUCAGCUAUCUGGGACAUGAAGUUCACGACAAGCAGCUGUAUAUUUUCCUCGAAUACAUGCCAGAAGGAACCCUCAAAGAUAAAAUUGACGAGUUUGGUGCCUUCCAAGAAGAGCUUUGCGCAGCCCUUUGUGAGCAAGUGCUAAAUGGCUUGGCCUAUCUUCAUGACCAGCAGGUGAUGCACCGGGAUUUAAAGUGCAGCAAUCUUUUGCUCGACGUCUCUGGGCGAGUAAAGAUAUCGGAUUUUGGUUGCUCCCGCUGGAUCUCCAAAGAAGACCUGGCAAAGUCUUUGGUCGGAAGCCCUUUCUGGCUUCCGCCUGAACUCCUGGUUGGUGCGCCUUAUGAUCAAAGUGCUGACAUUUGGUCCUUUGGCUGUGCAACAGUAGAAUUGCUGACCGCAAGUCGACCAUGGGUAAAGCAGGUGACAGCUGACAACGCAUUGGCUGCUGCACAUCAAAUUGGAAAGCUCACAGAGCGCGGUGAACGCCCAAUCGUGGAACAAGAGACCUCGAACGAGGCUCGAAGUUUUUUGUACGAUGGUUGCCUGCGAUGCACAGCAGCUGAGCGAUACACAGCCAAGAGACUUUUGCAACAUCCGUGGCUGCGCAAGAAUUGAGGUUCCUCUAAGAGGACGACCUGAGAAUACUUGAGAGAUCCUGAGAGCAUAGGACAGACACGUUUAGGUCCACUGGUAUCAGG